AUGAAGCUGCCACCCGCCUGCUGCCGGCUCCAGACGCUGGGGGCUGCCCUGGGGGUCUGCGUCACCAUCGGCUUCACGGUGCAGCUCCUGGGGGGGCCGUUCCAGCGCAGGAUCCCAUCGCGUGUCCUCAGGACCCCCGUGGCCCCCGCUGGCCGCCCCCCGGCGCCCUGCCAGCCCCGCACCCACCUGGUGUUCCUGAAGACCCACAAGACGGGGGGCAGCAGCGUGGUCAACCUUUUGCACCGCUUCGGGGAGGCACGGGGGCUGCGCUUCGCCCUGCCCCACCGCUACCAGUUCGGGUACCCCAGCCCCUUCCGGGCCGAGCGGGUCAAGGGGUACCGCCCAGGGGGACCUCCCUUCGACAUCAUCUGCCACCACAUGCGCUUCAACCUCACCGAGGUGCAGAAAGUGAUGCCCAACGACAGCUUCUACUUCUCUAUCGUGCGGGACCCGGGCACGCUGGGCGAGUCAGCCUUCGCCUACUACCGGGCUGUGGCACCGGCCUUCCGGCGGGCCCCCUCGCUGGCCGCCUUCCUGGCGGCCCCGGGGCGCUUCUACGAGGCCAGGGCACGGGGCAACCACUACGCCCGCAACCUGCAGUGGUUCGACUUCGGGCUGCCGGCGGCGGCGGGGGACGGGGAUGGGGCAGCGGUGGCGGCAGCGCUGGCAGGGCUGGAGCGGACCUUCGCCCUGGUGCUGCUGGCCGAACACUUCGACGAGUCACUGGUGCUGCUGCGCGAGGCCCUGUGCUGGCCCGAGGAGGCCAUGGCCGCCUUCGCCCACAACGGCCGCCCCGCUGAGGAUGUCCCCCGCGUCUCGCCCACCCAGGCCGCCCGCCUGCGGGCCUGGAACAGCCUCGACUGGGCGCUCUACGCCCACCUCAACCGCUCCUUCUGGCGCCGGGCCGAGGCCUUCGGGGCCGCCCGCCUGCAGGAGGAGGUGGCCCGCCUGCGCCAGCACCGUGCCGCCCUGGCCCGCCGCUGCCUGCGGGGUGGCGGACCCCUGCCCGCCCGCGCCAUCCCCGACGGCCGCCUCCGCCCCUUCCAGCCCCCCGGCCGGGCUCAGAUCCUGGGGUACGCCCUACGGGCUGGGCUGCCCCCCGCCGAGCGGGAGCGCUGCGCUCGCCUUGCCACCCCCGAGCUGCAGUACAAGGACAUCCUUGACCGGCGGCAGUUUGGGGGGGUCAACGCAUCCGUCCCACCCGGGGGGUAGCACGGGGGGCUGUAACAGCGACGUGCGGCCCAGGAACGGCGCCGUGCCUUGGUUUACCUGGACCAGGCAACGGGCCCCCUAACCCUGAUGGGGAUCAGAGUCCCCCCAUGGAACCACUUUGUGCCUCGGUUUACCUGCUGUGGGUAAUGCUGCCCCCCCGCCCCCGCAGUCUAAUAGGGAUUGGGGUCCCCCCACGGUACAGCUCUAUGCCUCAGUUUACCUGGGCUGAUAACGAACACCCCUAACCCUGACACGGAUCGGGGUUCUCCCACGGUACCACCCCGUGCCUCGGUUUACCAGGGCUGGGUAAUGGUCCCCUGCCCCAGUGGGGAUCAGGGUCCCCCCAUGGUACAGCUCCGUGCCUCAGUUUACCGGGGCCGGGUAAUCGUCCCCUGCCCCGGUGGGGAUCAGGGUCCUCCCAUGGUACAGCUCCGUGCCUCAGUUUACCGGGGCCGGGUAAUGGCCCCCCGCCCCGGUGGGGAUCAGGGUCCUCCCAUGGUACAGCUCCGUGCCUCAGUUUACCGGGGCCGGGUAAUCGUCCCCUGCCCCGGUGGGGAUCAGGCCCCCCCAUGGUACAGCUCCGUGCCUCAGUUUACCGGGGCCGGGUAAUGGUCCCCCGCCCCGGUGGGGAUCAGGCCCCCCCAUGGUACAGCUCCGUGCCUCAGUUUACCGGGGCCGGGUAAUGGUCCCGCGCCCCGGUGGGGAUCAGGCCCCCCCCAGGUGCAC